CCGCCUCAAAAUACAGAAAAGAAGAAGCGCAGCGGCAGUUUCCGCUUCAAGUCUGCGGUGUGAAUGUUAUAAAUUGAAGCUGAAACUUAUUAAUCAUGGAUAUACGACCCAAUCACACAAUUUACAUCAACAAUGUCAACGAUAAAAUCAAGAAAGAAGAGCUGAAGAGAUCGCUGUACGCUUUACUCUCCCAGUUCGGCCAGAUUCUGGAUAUUGUUGCUCUGAAGACCGACAGGAUGAGGGGUCAGGCGUUUGUUAUCUUCAAAGAGCUUUCUGCAGCCACAAAUGCCCUCCGACAACUUCAGGGGUUUCCUUUCUACAAUAAACCCAUGCGAAUCCAGUAUGCAAAAACAGACUCGGACAUCAUUGCUAAAAUGAGAGGCACGUAUGGGGAUAAAGAAAAGAAGAAAGAGAAAAAGAAGAAAGCUCAGGAGCUGGCAGCCGGGGCCAACAAAAAACCAGCGGGAGCUAUAAACACAGAACCCCCUGCACCUGCCACAGUCCAGGUCCCUGACUAUCCACCCAAUUAUAUUUUGUUCCUGAAUAAUCUCCCAGAAGAAACGAAUGAGAUGAUGCUCUCGAUGUUGUUCAACCAGUUUCCUGGGUUCAAAGAGGUGCGUCUGGUCCCCGGAAAGCACGAUAUUGCAUUUGUGGAAUUUGAGAGUGACGCUCAAGCCGGGGUCGCCAAGGAUGCGCUACAGGGUUUCAGAAUUACAGCCACAUGUGCUAUGAAGAUCACGUAUGCCAAAAAGUGAUCCAACACGUUGCCACAAUGAUGCUCGUUUUUUUGGAGAUAAGAGCUUUAUUGGACUCUAUCCGAGACUGUGGAUUCUUGGUUUUUUGUUUGCAGUUUUGUUUUUAGAAGUUUUCUUCAGCGACUGUGUAAUAUUUAGAUUUUUUUGUAUAAAAAAUGAAUAAUGACAUUCCAGGUUGGAUGUUUUUGUACUGUAGACUAAUAAUAAAAUUAGCUUCUACAAUAAAAUGCAUCACGAUA